AUGGCUGCCAUUCGUCCUUCUCACCAGACGUGUGACACCUUCUUCGUCGAAACUGACGAUGUCCGUCCUCGCUUCGAUGCCAAGGAACAAGCAAGACUCAUUGCUCGUGAGCGUCAGUACGCAAUUGCAGAUCAGCUCUCUGCCCAGGCAAGGGAGGAGUAUCUCGAUGAUUGCUUGCAGCAUAUGCUUGACAUGGAUACUGCCACUCUCCCCGAUGUCGAAUCUAUUGACAUUCAAACCGAGAUCCAAUGGUUCAUGCGUCCAUAUCUCCUAGACUUUCUCAUCGAAGCACAUGCGGCCUUCCAGUUGCAACCCUCCACAUUGUUCCUUGCAAUCAACUUGCUUGAUCGGUACUGUUCAAAGCGUGUCGUCUACAAACGUCAUUACCAGCUCGUGGGCUGCUCUGCCCUCCUAAUUGCUGCCAAGUAUGGUGACAAGAAGGAGCACGUGCCAACCAUUCGUGAGCUCAAAUCCAUGUGCUGCUCGCUUUACGAUGAUGAUAUGUUUCUCCAGAUGGAGUGGCAUGUGUUGCAGACGCUUGGCUGGACGAUCGGUCACCCAACAGUGGAUAGCUUUCUGAACAUUGCGCUGGUGGACAUGCAGUACGACCCUGAAGUCGAGCAUCUUGCCCUCUACAUUUUAGAGAUCUCGCUCUUCCACCGAGAAUUCGUAUCCAAGCCUUCUGCAGAUCUUGCUAAGGCUGCUCUUGCUCUAGCGAGGUGCAUCCUUAACCGUCGUCAGCCGGAGGCUACUGAAUGGGCCGCCACAUAUGAUCCUAACACCUUGGUUGGUCUGUCUCAACAAUUGCACUCGCCUUCUCAGGUGUUGUACCGCAAGUACUCGUCCGCACACUACUCCAGGAUCUCGAAACUUCUGGACAAUUUCCUCGCUCGUCAGGCUGCCAUUGCCAGCGGUGCUUAUGCACCUCCUUCCCCACCAACCGAUGUCGCCGAAGAAUCAAAGACUCAGUACGCCGGUCAAGUUGGCCUUUCGACUCCACAGAAGCCCCAUGGAAUGCCACCACAUGGGUACCUCACCCCUCCUAUCACUCCAGAGAACGAAGGAUUCAAUCCCAAUGCUACUUCUGCGGAUACGAACAAACAGGCAGCAAUUACUGUCUGCCCUUCAUCGCCUACUCCUGCGAGCGUCUCUUUCAACGAUACCCAGAUGUACGACGCCGAACCAGUAUACGUUCAAUAUGCUCCCACCUCCCAUGUCGGGUAUACCACUGCGUUUUAG